CACACUGUUUUAUUCAUUCAAAAAGUGAGCGUCGUUUGUGAUUUCCAAUUUUUUUCCAGAAGUUUAAUUCGUCCAGUGUCAAGUCUCUUCGCUGCGUGAAGAAGCUUUUUUUUCGUUUUUUUGUUUGACUUCCAGUAUUUUUCUAAAAUGGAUCUCCGAAGCUGGAAGUCGGUGAUCCUCGCUUGGAUUAAAAGCCGGCAUAAAGUUAUACUUUCUAUGUGUGCGCGUGCAUUCUUGCUGGCCGGUGUCUGCGAGGCUCGCCGCAUUCAUAUGCAUCCAUACCUGUACAGAAAUGCGGCUUCGUGGACGAAAAUGUGCUGACUAUCGAACAAUCAAACAUCUAUAAAUUCUUCGAGCGCUACCUGGAGUAUGAUAACAUGCAUCUCUCUCUGGACACCACGGGCUCGGAGCACAGCGAUCUCAGCUCGCGCAAUGAUACACCGCUGAUCAAAUUUUUGCAAACCGUUUAUCCAGACUUUGGUGCCAAUCUGGAUACAAGUGGAAACCUCGAUCGCAGCGACUAUUAUCUGGUGUACACAUUGAUGCUGCACUAUGCAUGUGUCACUACAAAGAGUACACAAUAUCAACUCAAAUGCACAGAGCUCCCGGAGCACAUUCAAAAGGCCAUAGCAUCGUUUUUGUCGCGCAUCGUUAAUAGUCAGAAGAUAACACGUUUAUGCCUGGGCGAGGCACUUGAAACGACUAAGAAAUUUUUCGAGCCCGCCACACCGCCUGCAAUGGUCUUGCCGGAUACGCCGAGCACUGUCCAAACGGAGGCCGCCAUCAUUCCCCCCCCGCCGACCCCGAGACUCCUGGCACACCCGUAAAGGCCAUCA